GGUCAAAGUCAACCAUCGUCUGCUUCCAUUGAUCCUUUCUUAAAAAACAAUAAUAAUAGCAAUCAGGUUUCACGCCCUUCUCAUAAUGACGAAACAACCAAAUCAGCAAAUAAUUAUGAUGAAAAAACGAAGAAAAUUGACACAUCAAUAUCAUCCUCAUCGUCACCUUCUACUGAAUUUGCUUCACGUCAAAUACCUCUAUCCCGUAAAAAUUCCAUGGCGUCAAAUUCUGCUGGUGGUUACAACAAUAAUGUUAAAGACAGCACAGGAAAAACAAAUAUAACCACAACGGGAUCUAACAAUAAUAGUAGCGCUAAUACUAGUACAGUGUCUAAAAGAACUUCAUGUCCUCCAAAACGCAAAUCAACGAUCAAAGACCCAUCAGAUGAAAAAUUAGAGCUGGAAAAAAUCGAGUGGGAAAAGAACAUUGAGAUUCCCCCGUCAAUAUGGGAGGAAACUCUGCGUCUCUUUGAAGUUGUGAAACAAUCGAAAGAGAUGAAAAAUCGGCAGCCACAUCGUCGACGUAAUCAUAUUCUCGCUUCGAUUCUUUUGAUUUUGUGUCGACAACACGGACUUCCACGAACUUUUGUUGAAAUUUGUAAUGCUGCCGGAGUCAGAAAACAGGAAAUUGGUACCUACUACCGAUUAAUGCUUAAAGUCUUUGAAAGUAAUGGAUUGUGUACCGGAGUGAAUGGACCUUCUUUGAGAAUGGUCGAUUCUGCCAAGUUCUUGAACUUGAAACUUCCGGACCACAUUCUUGAAGCAUCAAUUCACGUCUAUAGACAAGCCAGUUCAUUAAACAUCACCACCGGCAAAUGUCCUGUUUCGGUAGGAGCCGCGUCAAUCUGGCUUGCUAUCACCACGUGGAAUUCCACAAACGAUAAAAAUCUAAUCACAUGUGAACACCGAGAUGUUGCUGCAGCUGCUGGCGUCGUGAAUGCUACACUUGUUGGUUGUUUCAAGAAUCUAUUAAAGUAUAAAGAUGAUUUGUUGCCCCCCGAGUUUUCGAAAGAAGCCAAACUACGUUUACCGCGGAAAAAUAAUGAUGCUGGCGUUGAGGAAUUGAUAAUGGAUGUUGAUGACGACGAUGAAGUAUCAGGAAGUAGCACUGGGAAUAAUAACAAUUAUAAUAAUGUAGAACUGAAUGUGGAUGGAAAAAAAGACGAGAGAACAUCUUAA